GUCGUCACUGCGGAUAAGGGAUUUUGUUACCCACUCACAAACCCUAGCUGAGAGAGACCAACAAUGGCUUCUCCCUCCUCUCACCUCCUCCCCCUCUCUCCCUCCUCCGCUCCCUCCUCCUCUCUCAUACCCCCAUGGACGAAGACACAGACGAAGACGAAGCCCACUACCAGAACCCACCCCUUCUCCUCUCUCCACUCCAAACCCACCUUCUCCCUUCCCCUCCACCACCCUCCUAGGGUUUCUCUCGAAGACCCGCUUCUCCAAACCCCCUCAAACCCCUCCCCGAAACCCCACUCCACCUUCAAGAACUCCAUCUGGGUCAACCCCAACAGCCCCCGCGCCGCCGCGCUCCGCCGCCGCUCCGCCGACUCCCGCUACGCCCGCCUCGCCGAGAUCGCCGGAACCCUAGACGCCGCCGAGCCCUCUGACGCCGCCAUUGCCGACCUGCUCCUCACCUCCUUAGGCCACAACCCGUUGGAGCACGAGGCAGUGAUCGUCCUCAACAACAUGGAGAGCUCCCACAACGCCGUGCUCGCGCUCCGAUGGUUCCAGAGUGUGAUUAAGGUCAACAAGGAGGUAAUCCUCUACAACGUGACCUUCAAAGUGCUUAGGAAGUGUAGAAAUUGGGAUGGGGUCGAAACCCUUUGGAAGGAGAUGUCGGAGAAGGAGAUAAACCCUGAUAAUGUAACAUUCUCUACUGUGAUCAGCUGCGCCAGGCUCUGUAAUUUACCGGCUAAAGCCGUGGAGUGGUUCGAGAAGAUGCCCGAAUUCGGGUGCAACCCAGAUGACGUCACUUACUCGGCCAUGAUCGAUGCUUACGGCCGAUCGGGCAAUGUGGAGACCGCUCUUAAGCUCUAUGAUCGUGCCCGCAAGGAAAAAUGGCGACUUGAUCCCGUUACGUUCGCCACGGUUAUUAGGGUUUACAGUUCUUCGGGUAAUUUCGAUGGUGCGCUCAAUGUGUUCGAGGAAAUGAAGGCACUUGGUGUGAAGCCAAAUUUGGUUAUUUAUAAUACUUUGUUGGAUGCCAUGGGCCGGGCUAGUAGGCCGUGGCAAGUGAAGAACAUUUAUAGAGAGAUGAGCGACAAAGGGCUUUUGCCUAAUAGGUCCACUUACGCCGCGCUUCUAAGAGCGUAUAGUAAGGCUCGGUAUGCUGAGGAUGCCCUGACUGUGUAUAGGGAGAUGAGGGAGAAAGGGUUCGAGCCGAACGUAAUAUUGUAUAAUAUGCUUUUAUCUAUGUGUGCUGACAUCGGCUGUAUCGAUGAAGCCGCUGAGAUUUUCGAAGAGAUGAAGGGAUUACCGGAGAAUUGUCAGCCCGAUAGUUGGAGUUACUCGUCUUUGAUCACUGCUUAUUCUUGUAAUGGGCAGGUUUCGGAGGCAGAAACGAUGUUGAAUGAGAUGUUAGCAGCGGGUUUUCAACCUAAUAUUUUUGUUCUCACUUCGCUCAUCCAAUGCUAUGGAAAAGCCCGACUCACUGAUAAUGUAGUAAGAGCUUUCGACAAGCUCGCGGAGUUGGGUAUCACACCGGAUGACCGAUUCUGCGGUUGCCUUCUGAAUGUGUUGACUCAAACCCCAGAGAAUGAGUUAGAAAAAGUGAUUGGUUGCAUCCAAAGAUCUAAUCCUCAACUGGGUUCUUUAGUAAAGCUACUUGUAAAUGAGAACACUCCGAUUAGAGCAAUCAAAGAAGGAGCUAAUGAGUUAUUCAGCAAUAUCGGUAUUGAGGUGAAGAAGGCUUAUUGUAACUGUUUGAUAGAUCUUUGUGUUAAUCUCAAUCAAAUGGAAAGAGCUUGUGUGCUUUUUGACCUAGCACUUAGACUCGAGAUUUAUACAGAUCUUCAAGCGAAAUCUUCUACGCAGUGGUCUUUACAUGUGAGAAGCCUUUCGCUGGGGGCGGCUUUGACUUCACUGCAUGUUUGGAUGAACGAUUUGUCGAAGGCUUUGCAGAACGGGGAGGAGUUGCCCCCAUUACUCGGAAUCCAUACCGGCCAUGGCAAGCACAAGUAUUCUGAGAAAGGGUUGGCUUCGACUUUUGAGUCGCACUUGAGGGAGCUCAAUGCACCGUUCCAUGAGGCUCCCGAUAGGGUGGGGUGGUUUCUGACGACCAGCGUCGCUGCUAAGUCGUGGUUGGAGGCGAAGAGUUCGCCUGAGUUGGUUACUGCUUAGGUAUAUGCAUUUUCCUACCUAAUCAGGAUGUUGUUUGUAAGGAGGAUUUUUUUCCACUUUUCAAUAUACCAUUUUUGAUCAUCUUGAUAUAGCCAGAUGCUCUGUUUCUUGCAAUGUUGUUACUGUGGGGCAUAAUGGUAGCUUUGUCAUAAACUUGUGUUCUGUCUCUCACAGUUCGUAUUUGUUUCAUAAUAUUUAAUUAUUCCUUUACUUUGCUAA